GAUAUUGAAUAAGAAUUGAGCCUUGUAUUCUUCUCAGCUUCAGCUUCUCUCAGCUCAAGCUCACCGCCAGUUAUGGCCGCGGAGCUCUCUUCCCAGGCGCUUCUUCUAUCCACCACCACCACCACCACCACCACCACCGCCAUCGCCACUCUUCAACGUUUCCACAACCAUAUCACAAUUACACCCACUGCCACUCCCUUCUUCUCUCCUCUUCAAAUUUCCAAACUCUUAUCCCAUUCCCACUCUCACUCCUCCACUCUUUCCCCACGCUUCCCGCUCUCCUGCCACGCAGCCGGAACUCAGUCCCCUCCAGCCUCCGCCGCCGAUAUCGAAGUCGCCAUCGAAGUCGGAAAGGAUCGUCUUUCAAAGGUUCCCAUUUCCCGUAUCAGAAAUUUCUGUAUUAUUGCACAUAUUGAUCAUGGCAAGUCCACUCUGGCAGAUAAGCUGCUCCAAAUGACUGGUACUGUACAGAAGCGUGAAAUGAAGGAGCAGUUUCUUGAUAACAUGGAUUUGGAGAGAGAGAGGGGCAUCACUAUCAAACUUCAGGCUGCUCGUAUGCGUUACAUGUUUAAAAAAGAGCCAUAUUGUCUCAACUUAAUUGAUACUCCUGGUCAUGUGGAUUUCUCCUAUGAGGUUUCUCGAUCUCUUGCUGCAUGUGAGGGUGCCCUUCUUGUUGUUGAUGCUUCUCAGGGAGUUGAAGCACAAACUCUGGCCAAUGUUUAUUUGGCAUUGGAAAACAACCUUGAAAUCAUUCCUGUUCUAAACAAGAUAGAUCUCCCAGGUGCUGAACCAGACAAUGUCAUCAGGGAAAUCGAAGAGAUUGUUGGUUUAGAUUGUAGCAAUGCAAUUUAUUGCUCCGCAAAGGAGGGGAUAGGUAUCACUGAAAUAUUAAAUGCAAUCGUGGAGAGGAUUCCCCCACCUCAAGAUACUGCCAGUAGGCCACUGAGGGCUUUAAUAUUUGAUAGUUACUAUGAUCCAUACAGAGGUGUGAUCGUAUAUUUUCGAGUUAUCGAUGGGACAAUAAAAAAAGGUGAUAGAAUUUACUUUAUGGCCAGUAACAAGGACUAUUAUGCUGAUGAAAUUGGAGUGCUAUCGCCUAAUCAGUUACAAGUUGAAGAAUUGUAUGCUGGUGAGGUUGGCUAUAUAUCUGCUUCUAUAAGAUCAGUAGCUGAUGCACGGGUUGGGGACACUAUCACUCAUUAUUUUAGAAAGGCAGAAAACUCAUUACCUGGAUAUGAGGAAGCUACACCGAUGGUGUUUUGCGGCUUGUUUCCUGUUGAUGCAGACCAGUUUCCUGAAUUACGUGAUGCACUUGAGAAACUGCAACUUAAUGAUGCUGCUCUGAAGUUUGAACCUGAGACCUCAAGUGCCAUGGGUUUUGGCUUUAGAUGUGGGUUCUUGGGUCUUCUUCACAUGGAAAUUGUUCAGGAAAGGCUUGAGAGAGAGUACAAUCUGAACCUAAUAACUACUGCUCCUAGUGUUGUAUACAGAGUGAACUGUAUAGAUGGUUCUGUAAUGGAAUGCUCAAAUCCAUCUAUACUUCCUGAACCUGGAAAAAGGAAGACAAUUGAAGAGCCUGUUGUCAAGAUUGAGAUGCUUACGCCGAAGGAUUAUAUUGGUCCGCUCAUGGAGUUGGCUCAAGAAAGAAGGGCAGAGUUUAAAGAAAUGAAAUAUAUAACUGAGAAUAGGGCAUCACUUAUCUAUGAAUUACCCCUAGCAGAGAUGGUAGGCGAUUUCUUUGACCAGCUGAAAUCCAAAAGCAAAGGUUAUGCAAGCAUGGAGUAUACUUUUAUUGGGUACAAGGAAAGUGAUUUGAUAAAACUUGACAUUCAGAUCAAUGGUGAACGCGUGGAACCAUUGGCGACCAUUGUGCACAGGGAUAAGGCAUAUGGUGUUGGAAGGGCUUUGACACAGAAGCUCAAGGAGCUUAUACCGCGACAAAUGUUUAAAGUCCCGAUUCAAGCUUGCAUAGGUACAAAAGUGAUAGCUAGUGAAGCUUUAUCAGCAAUCAGGAAGGAUGUUUUAGCGAAAUGCUACGGAGGAGACAUCACAAGGAAAAAGAAGUUGCUUAAAAAACAGGCUGAAGGGAAGAAGAGAAUGAAGGCCAUUGGUAAAGUGGAUGUUCCUCAAGAAGCUUUCAUGGCCGUAUUGAAACUUGAAAAGGAGGUAUUGUGAUUGUGAAUGAGAUUGGUUGUUCAUAUAUGAAAUUUUUGUAGCAAUAUUCAUUGCCAAACUAACAUUAUCAAUGGAAAUUCAUACCAAA